UAGUGCUGACACUCGUGGUGCAUCCGAUAGUUGCGCAUUGGCGGACUACCAUCACUUGGGUCAAAGGAAAUAUUAGUUUGUUUUUUUUUUGCAGCAAAUAUUAUUGUUAGUUAUGCGUGCGUGGCCAAAAUGCUAAUCGUUUGGUUAGUGCUUGCCGCCACACUGAGCCGAUGCAUCCGAGCCAGCACAUCGAUCUCUAUACCGAUCACCACGCAGGACAUAAUAGCGGGUGACGUGUUUUUCGAAAUCCUCUCGCCCACGGACCUGGAGUACACGUACCGGUUGCGUCCGGCCAAGGAUUUUGGCGUCACCUUCUCGCAGCGUCUUGAAGGAAUCCCGCUAGUACUCGCGGACCCUCCUGGUGCGUGCCAGAAGAUUCGCAACGCUCGGGACAUCAGUGGCGGCGUCGCCCUCAUCGAUCGAGGGGAGUGUUCCUUUCUCACGAAGACGCUACAAGCGGAAGCGGCGGGUGCCGUGGGUGCCAUAAUCACCGAGUACAAUCCCAAUUCGCCAGAGUUCGAGCACUAUAUCGAAAUGAUUCACGACAAAACGAACCGGGAUAGCAACAUACCGGCCGGCUUCCUCCUUGGCAAGAACGGCGUUAUCAUCCGGUCCACCCUGGAGCGACUGAAACGGGUGCAUGCCUUAAUCAACAUACCUGUAAACCUCACCUUCACCCCGCCCUCCAAGAUCAACCAUCCUCCGUGGCUGGGUUGGUGACGGGUGCCAUUGGUCUGCGUCGGCUCGGCGGAGGCACAUUCUAUCUGAACCAAAGUGCAUACUUUUAAUUAGGACGUGAAAGGGAGACCGCAACUGAGACUAAACAUAGAGUACAUAAGUAGCUAAUUUGUAGACGGAAUCCAUUGACUGUAAAUAAAUUGCUAAGCAGCAGACAACAAUAA